AUGGGAUAUUUACCCCGUUGAAAUUGAGAGGGCGCAGAGUGAGCCAAUCCAUUUCUGGUCGUUGCGGUCACACUCUCUCUUACCGCUCCUUUGCGAUCUCCGACCGGCAUGGAGAGAUCGGUAGGCGGGGCCGCUGUAGCGGCGGCGGCUUUCUUUCUCAGCCUCUCGUUUUGCGCCGUAGAAUCCGCCGACAACUUCACCGGAGAUUCGAGCAUCCGCCGCAAGCAACCGGUGAGGGGCUUAUGCUCUGGCCUGAUCGAACGCUAUCCCUAUCCUUGCUCAGAACACCGAGUGCAGACAAAUGAUGGAUACAUAUUGGGUCUUCAUCGCAUCUCAUCCCGUACUGGGAGCUUGAGAACACAAAGGGGUCCUCCUGUUCUACUCAUACAUGGACUCUUUUUGGCUGGUGACGCUUGGUUUUUGGAUUCUCCCGAUCAAUCACUGGGGUACAUACUUGCUGAUCAUGGUUUUGAUGUUUGGGCUGGAAGUGUCCGUGGGACACGUUGUAGUCACGGGCAUAUAUCUCUAUCUGAGAAAGAUAAGGAAUUUUGGGAUUGGAGUUGGGAGGAAUUGGCUCUCCAUGACCUUGCAGCAAUGCUCCAUUAUGUAAAUUUGAGGUCAAACUCCAAAGUAUUUGUUGUUGGACAUUCACAGGGGACAAUUAUGUCUCUGGCUGCUUUUACUGAACCAAACAUAGUAAAAAUGGUCAAGGGUGCUGCCCUUCUCUGUCCUAUAUCGUAUUUGGGACAUAUCAGUGCUCCACUUGUUCGUAGGCUGGUUAGCAUGCGUAUUGACCAGGUGGUUCUUGCAUUGGGCAUUCAUCAACUUAACUUCAAAAGUGAUGUCGGACUACAAAUCUUGGAUUCUGUAUGUGAUGGGCAUUUAGACUGCAAAGACAUGUUAACUUCAAUCACAGGGCCUAACUGUUGCAUUAACAUGUCUCGUCUUGAUUUCUAUUUGGAAUAUGAACCUCAUCCAUCAUCGUCAAAGAAUUUGAAUCAUCUUUUCCAGAUGAUCCGUAAAGGCACCUUUGCCAAAUAUGACUAUGGAAUCUUGAAAAAUAUGAGGAGAUAUGGCCAUUUGAAACCCCCAAAAUUUGACCUUAGCCGCAUACCCAAAUCAUUGCCAAUAUGGAUUGGCUAUGGGGCAAAAGAUGACUUAGCCGACAUGUUGGAUUUGGAGCACACUCUCAAGGAACUACAGCCCAAACCAAAGAUGCUUUUCCUCGAGAACUAUGGUCAUGUAGACUUCCUUUUGAGCCUGACAGCAAACCGAGACGUCUACGACAGUAUGAUCGGGUUUUUCAGUGCAUUAGCCGUAAAGUCCAGCAGCUUCUGAGUGGAUGCUUUGCAGUAUAGAAGUCACUGAAUAGCAAGUGUUGAGCACUGGAUCACUAUUGUCCAUGGUUGGCAUGGUGAAAACUGCAGCUAGUUUGGCAAUACCCCGUGGUGUCCUGUAUUAGGGACUUGCAUAUAUUGUACAAAGAGGAAUCUCUUAUUCUUUGUUGUGCAAAAACAAUCACUUGUACAUUAUAGUUGUGAUUGCUGUUACGUGAUCGAUCUUGCUUUAAAUGAUGACAUAUAGAACAAAACCUUGGUUA